AUGGCUAAAUUAAGUUGGUGCUUGCAACGCAAUAAAGUAGCCUUGUGGGUCAAAGUUCUUGGUGCAAAGUACAACAAUCCCAACCUUAGAACCAAUAGCUUCACCGACUUGGAGAGGUAUCCAAAAAGAAACAUUGGUAUUGCUUCAAGUCUCGAAGCCAAAUUUUGGGCUCUCCGAGAUGGCCUAAAUUUGGCUCUUGAUGAAGGCUACAGAAACAUUGAAGUGGAAACCGACUCCUUGCUUGUCAAACAACUCAUCAUGGAUAAAGAAAAUGCUAAUCACCACUUGAGUAAUUUAAUUCAUGAUUGCAAGUUCCUCUUAAAACAAUUGGGCGUCCAAAUGCUUAAUCAUAUCUACCGCGAAGGGAAUUGCUAUGCGGAUAUUUUAGCAAAUCAGGCCUCCCCUAUAGUCGAUAGCUUACAUAUUUUUGACUUUGCUCCCCCAUGUAUUGCUAAUCAACUGUAUGAUGAUGCUCGCGGGAUUAGUUAUCCCAGAACUUUGUACUAUUCUAUUUAA